AUGGCCACUCAGGUGGAGCCGCUGCUGCCGGGGGGCGCCCCGCUCUUGCAGGCCGAAGAUCACGGGGGUCUGGUGAGGAAGAAGCCGCUGCCGCCGCCCGAGGGCAAGGGCGAGCCGGGGGCGAACGACGUCGGAGGCGGAGAGCCGGACGGCGGCACCCGAAGACCUCGGCCGCCCUGCGCCAAGCCGCACAAGGAAGGCACCGGGCAGCUGGAGCGCGAGAGCCCGCGGCCGCCGCAGCCGCCCGGCGCCGAGGGCCUGGCCGUCAGCGACGGGGAGGAGGGCGGCGGCGGCGAGCCGGGCGCUGGCGGAGGAGCUGCCGGAGCCGCAGGCGCCGGGCGCCGAGACUUCGUGGAGGCCCCUCCGCCCAAGGUGAACCCGUGGACUAAGAACGCGCUGCCGCCGGUCCUGGCCACCGUGAACGGACAGUCUCCUCCAGAACAUUCUGCCCCGGCCAAGGUGGUGAGGGCAGCAGUUCCUAAACAGCGCAAAGGUGGCAAGGUUGGUGACUUUGGAGAUGCAAUCAACUGGCCAACACCUGGAGAGAUAGCCCAUAAGAGUGUGCAGCCACAGGCCCACAAGUCUCAGCCUGCCCGCAAGCUACCACCCAAAAAGGACAUGAAGGAACAGGAGAAAGGAGAGGGGAGCGAUAGUAAGGAGAGCCCGAAAACCAAAUCGGAUGAAUCGGGGGAGGAGAAGAAUGGGGACGAGGACUGCCAGCGAGGGGGACAGAAGAAGAAAGGGAACAAACACAAGUGGGUUCCGUUGCAAAUAGACAUGAAGCCGGAAGUGCCCAGAGAGAAACUGGUCUCACGCCCUGCUCGUCCUCCAGAGCCACGACACACCCCCACCAGCCGCGGGGAGAUCAAAGCCUGGCAACCAGAGACCAAAUCGGAGCCUGCCUGGCAUGACCAGGAUGAGACAUCGAGUGUGAAGAGUGAUGGGGCUGGUGGGGCGCGGGCUUCCUUCCGUGGCCGUGGACGGGGGCGUGGUCGCGGACGGGGACGCGGACGGGGUGGCACUCGAACCCAUUUUGACUACCAGUUUGGCUACCGAAAGUUUGAUGGUGCGGAGGGGCCUCGCACACCCAAGUACAUGAACAACAUCACCUACUAUUUUGACAAUGUCAGCAGCACCGAGCUUUACAGCGUGGACCAGGAGUUGCUUAAAGACUACAUCAAACGCCAGAUUGAAUACUACUUCAGCGUGGACAAUUUAGAGCGAGACUUCUUCCUGAGACGAAAAAUGGAUGCUGACGGUUUCCUUCCCAUGACACUUAUUGCGUCCUUCCACCGAGUGCAGGCCCUUACCACUGACAUUUCACUCAUCUUUGCGGCCCUAAAGGACAGCAAAGUGGUGGAGAUUGUUGAGGAAAAAGUACGCAGGAGGGAGGAGCCAGAGAAAUGGCCUCUUCCUGGUCCCCCAAUAGUGGACUAUUCCCAGACCGAUUUCUCCCAGCUUCUCAACUGCCCAGAGUUUGUGCCCCGCCAGCACUACCAGAAAGAGACAGAGUCAGCGCCUGGCUCUCCCCGUGCGGUCACUCCAGUGCCAACCAAAACAGAGGAGGUCAGCAACCUAAAGACACUGCCCAAGGGCCUGUCCGCCAGCCUCCCUGACCUGGAUUCUGAGAACUGGAUUGAAGUGAAGAAAAGGCCUCGGCCCUCUCCGGCACGACCCAAGAAGUCAGAGGAGCCCAGGUUUGUUCACUCAACCACUCUGCCUCAGCAUCUGCCGUCUCAGCAGCUGAUGUCCAAGGAUCAAGAUGAGCAAGAGGAACUGGAUUUCCUGUUUGACGAGGAAAUGGAGCAGAUGGAUGGGCGGAAAAACACCUUUACCGCCUGGUCUGAUGAGGAUUCUGACUAUGAAAUUGAUGACCGGGAUGUCAACAAAAUCCUCAUUGUCACUCAGACACCACCUUACAUGCGCCGGCACCCGGGGGGCGACCGCACUGGCAACCAUACCUCGCGUGCCAAGAUGAGUGCUGAGCUGGCCAAGGUCAUUAAUGAUGGGCUCUUCUACUACGAGCAGGACCUGUGGACUGAGAAGUUCGAACCCGAGUAUUCCCAGAUCAAGCAAGAAGUCGAGAACUUCAAGAAAGUCAAUAUGAUCAGUCGGGAGCAGUUUGACACGCUAACCCCUGAGCCCCCUGUGGAUCCCAACCAGGAGGUCCCUCCUGGACCACCUCGCUUCCAGCAAGUUCCCACUGAUGCCCUGGCUAAUAAGCUGUUCGGUGCUCCCGAGCCUUCCACCAUCGCCCGCUCUCUACCAACCACUGUCCCAGAGUCGCCAAACUACCGCAAUGCCAGGACCCCCCGCACACCCCGGACACCGCAGCUCAAAGAUUCAAGCCAGACAUCACGGUUUUAUCCAGUGGUGAAGGAAGGUCGAACACUGGAUGCUAAGACACCUCGGAAAAGGAAGACAAGACACAGCUCGAACCCACCUUUGGAGAGUCACGUGGGCUGGGUGAUGGAUUCCCGCGAACACAGGCCCCGGACUGCUUCCAUCAGCUCCAGCCCCUCAGAAGGCACGCCUGCAGUUGGCAGCUAUGGCUGUACCCCUCAGUCGCUGCCCAAGUUCCAACAUCCUUCCCACGAGCUGCUGAAGGAGAACGGCUUCACACAACACGUCUACCACAAGUAUCGUAGGCGCUGCCUUAAUGAGCGAAAACGCUUGGGCAUUGGCCAGUCUCAGGAGAUGAACACUCUUUUCCGCUUCUGGUCCUUCUUCCUCCGAGAUCACUUCAACAAAAAGAUGUAUGAGGAAUUCAAGCAGCUGGCUCUGGAGGAUGCCAAAGAAGGCUACAGAUAUGGUUUGGAGUGCCUUUUUCGAUACUACAGUUAUGGCCUGGAGAAGAAGUUCCGGCUGGACAUAUUUAAGGACUUUCAGGAGGAAACCGUGAAGGACUACGAAGCGGGUCAGCUGUAUGGGCUAGAGAAGUUCUGGGCCUUCUUGAAAUAUUCCAAAGCCAAAAAUUUGGACAUUGACCCCAAACUUCAAGAAUACCUCGGCAAAUUCCGACGUCUCGAAGACUUCCGAGUGGAUCCCCCCAUGGGUGAGGAGGGCAACCACAAGCGACACCCAGUGGCAGCAGGAGGUGGCAGCGGUGAGGGCAGGAAACGGUGCCCCUCCCAGUCUUCCAGCAGACCCACCACCAGCCAGCCCCCCACACCACCUGCUGGCCAGCCCAUCCGGGAAGAUGCUAAACGGACAAGCCAGCACUCGGAUACGCAGACUUUGGGAAAGUGA